GUUUAAUGACACGGAAUCUUCCCAGCAUGCACCGCUUGUUUACUUCCUUUUGAAAAGAUACUUCACGAGAAAUGGCGAAGCGCACAAAGAAGGUUGGCAUUUGUGGUAAAUAUGGUACGAGGUAUGGAGCCUCCCUUAGAAAAACCGUGAAGAAGAUGGAGAUCUCACAGCACUCCAAAUACACAUGCCCCUUCUGUGGAAAGGAUUGCAUGAAGAGACGUGCUGUUGGUAUCUGGGCCUGCAAGAGCUGCCGUAAGGUUGUUGCCGGGGGAGCCUGGGUGUACAGCACAACUGCUGCCGCCACUGUCAGAAGUCAGACGCGCCGAUUGAGAGAAAUGAAGGAAUCUUAGUUCUUUGUUAUCUUGGUGCAUUAAAGUCUUCUGUAAAUAGAA